GUCAGUGGUGAAGGUGAGACAGGCUAAGUGAAGGUGAGGUUAUUUAAUAGUCAAGAGUACGUCAGCAUUGUCAUGUCCAUCGGCGAGUAUCGGCUCGAAGUGUGUUAAGAACCGGUUGAAGCUAAAGGAUAGUGAUUAGUGGAAACCCCUCAAGGAUUUCUCCAAGAUACAACUCUUUGUUUACAAAUUUAGAUCCAGGGUGAGCAACCAUGGCAGUGGAUGAUGAUGUGGAUGUGCUGCCUGACCGCGAUGCAGCAAAGGGUUUCUAUGCCAAGUAUGAGCCCAAGGAGGUCCUGGGCCGUGGUGGUUGCUCUGUAGUGCGCCGAUGUAUUGAAAAGGAGACCGGCCAGCAGUUUGCCGCUAAGAUCAUCGACCUGAGUGAUUCCUCGGAUGAAGGCGUGUACGAAGCCACCAAGAGGGAGAUUGAGGUGCUGCGCAUGGUGGCUGGUCACUCAUUUAUCAUUGAAUUGCAUGAUGUAUUUGAGUCAUCAACAUUCAUCUUCUUGGUGUUUGAAUUAUGUGAGCAUGGUGAGUUGUUUGAUCAUCUCACUACUGUUGUGACGCUAUCAGAGAAGAAGACAAAGGUCAUUAUGCGGCAGCUGUUUGAGGCACUGGCUCAUGUUCAUGGCAAGGGCAUCGUCCAUCGUGAUCUCAAGCCUGAGAACAUCCUCCUUGAUGACAACUACAACAUUAAACUGACAGACUUUGGAUUUGCUAAAGUGCUGCCUCCCGGCGAGACCUUAACAGAUGUGUGCGGUACCCCGGGCUACCUGGCACCUGAGGUUCUCCAACGUGCCAUGUACGAGGGCCACCAGGGUUACACACAUGCUGUUGACCUAUGGGCGUGUGGCGUCAUCAUGUACACCCUGCUUGUGGGUUGUCCACCUUUUUGGCAUCGCAAGCAGAUGGUGAUGAUUCGCAACAUCAUGGAGGGAAAGUACUCUUUCAACACUCCAGAAUGGGAGGAUAUAACAGAUUCCCCAAAGGAUCUUAUCUCCAAGUUGCUCGUGGUAGAGCCAGCACAGCGCAUUUCUGUCCAGGAAGCUCUCACCCAUGACUUCUUCCAGAUCCUGCCUUCCCGGAGUCGCAUCCUUGUCGCCACCAUCGAUAAGAAGCAAUACAAGGGACGUCCUUUCAAUGCAAGGAAGAUGUUCCAGUUUGGUGCCCUGUGUGUGCGGUCCGUUAUCAGGAUCCAGCGGCUGCGCUACACUCCUGAACCAGUGUCCCUGGCAGUGACCCGGGUAGAUCCAUACAGGGUCAAGGCAUUGCGCAAGGUCAUAGACAACUGUGCCUUCCGGGUGUAUGGCCAUUGGGUGAAGAAGGGUGAAGGUCAGGACCGUGCAGCUCUUUUCCAGAAUUCACCAAAGAUUGACUUCUCACCACGCACCCCUAUCAGCACUCCUCUCAUACUGAGCAGGGCAUAACAAUGCUCUUUCCAUACAAAAUAGUUCCAUAUUGUGUUGGAAAUUUUAUCAAAAUGAUCUCUCCUCAUUACCAAACAAGACAAGAUUUCUUUCAUAUGAUACAGAGCAUCCCUUUCCCUUUACCAAACAUCACAUGACUUUCUCCUGCCUUGUGCAAAACAAAAUCCAAGCUUUCUUCCUCUACCAGACAAAACAAACCACCUUGACAAGAUAGGACAUGCCUUCUCUUAAAACAGUUAAAAAAGAUAUUCCCUUGUGGGAAACAAGAUUAGCUGACUUUUGCACAAUAUCCCCAUACCAUUCAAAGUAAGUUGUAUAAUGAAUAACUAUGCUACUACACAGAACAUAGAACAUUUUAUUUUCUUAUUAUACAAAAUGGGCAAAUUCUUAUUGACACACUAGACAAGAAGACAAAUUUUCACACAGACAGUAUGAGCCAACAAAUCUCCAAAACCAAACAACUCAAGAUAAUUAGCUCUCCUUCACACAGACACUAUGAGACAGUAACUCUGUCUCACACAGACAGGAUAUGACAAUAACUUUAACUUUGCCUCAUACAAACAAAAUAAGGUAGUAUUAACUCCCCUUCCUUCAUCCAAGGUAGAAUAACUUAAUAUAACAGACAAGACAAGGUAUGUACUAAUUCUACUUUCUUUCACACAAACAACAGUGACUCUUCUCUCAAACAGACAACAAAACUAACCUCUAACACAGGCAAGACGUUACAGUAAUUCUCCCUCGUAUGUACAAGACAUGUGUUUCCUCAUCAUUGACAGGUGAUCACAGUCAUGUUUGGUGAGUGAGUGAGUAGCAUUACCAUGAGUACAGAUGAAUGAGUGACAACUAUCAAGGUAUUUGCACAAGUUUUUAUGAUUGAAAAUAUUAAGCUAUUACACAAAAGAUUUUUGCUCUGUGUUUUCUUUUAUAUAUAUAUAUAUAUAUAUAUAUAUAUAUAUAUAUAUAUAUAUAUAUAUAUAUAUAUAUAUAUAUAUAUAUAUAUAUAUAUAUAUAUAUAUAUAUAUAUAUAUAUAUGGUUGGACAAUUGAACCAAUAGAUGUAUUAAACCAGUAAACAAGUGAUUUCAACUAAUGAACCAGGGACAUUUCAACCAAUGGGAAACAACAAGUGAAUGUUGAACCAGUUUAUUGGGAAACACAAUUUUUUAGUAAAAUAAUUUGUGUCAGUAGGCAUAAAAAGUACUCUGCUUCAUCAGUUAUCAUAAUUUUGUAUAAUUGCUGUAAAGGCUACUGGUUGAAUUCUUACUAGUUCAGUUGUGCUUGAACCAUCUUUCACUAUCCUAGAAGUGAUUAAUAUUUAAUGUGCUGACAAGUUAUGUUUGAGAGUUGUGAUUUGCCGGUUUGAAGUCUUGUAAAUUAUUGUACCUAGAUCAUCUUCUGUAUAUAAUUAAUUUUUCUUUCACUUUAUUUGUCAUUUUAAAUUCUUGAAAAUAUUUAUUUUAGGGAAUACAGUAUUAUUAUUAAGUGAAGACUGUUUAUUUUGUUUGAUUUUUUUUUUCCAUUACUUUACACUAUGUAUUGUUACUUCUUUCAGUUGAAUCCAGUAUUUUUUGAGCAACUAAUUGUUAUGGACACUCUUUUGACAUAUGGAUGCAUUCUUUGAGAAGAAACACUAUCGUUCCUGACACCGAAAAGAUAGUUCAGUAACUGUUAGCUUAGUAGGGUUGAGAAGUCAGGUGUCCAGGAUAUUGUAGGCUGUUCUGGAACAAGUGCAGCAAAAAAACAUACUCAUGCAGCAAAGUCAAGGAGCCAAUGUGUGCCGUUUUUCCACGAAACCUUCCACUUCUGUUAUUGUAUUGUCAGUGUUAUUGGUGUUAUCAACAUGUAUAUAUAUAUUUCCAUAUAUAUAUAUAUAUAUAUAUAAUAUAUAUAUAUAUAUUAUAUUUGUUAUUGUAUUUUAUAUAUUAUAUGAAAUAUGACAGGCUACAUGAUUGUUAUAUCCAAUCCAUUAUUCCGGGGAAAGGAAAGCUCACAGAAUCAUUCAAAUUGAUCACAUUCAUUUAAUCAAAUUAACUGCCGCCUUUUGUAUAGAAAUACUUUAUACCAAUAAGUUAAUCCCCAAAGGAACAGAAGAGGUGGAAGGUUGAAUAAAAAAAAAAAAAGUGCAUACUGGUUCCAUAAAUUUGAUGCUCGAAUUUAUCAUGACAAACGUCAUAGAAUACCAAAGAUCCUUUUGACUGCUAAAACAAACUAAUUUCUUUCCUAACCUGCUAUUUCCCAAAAAUAUGAAAGAUGAACAGGAGGCAGAUGUAAGGUCUUGGUUUGAACCAAAUUAGAUGGUCAAAGACGAGUGAUAUUCUGUUUCGAAAAAAAAAAAAAAAAGCUCCAUGUGAUGUAUACCAAAUUUAAUUGUGUUGUCGGUAUUUUUUUUUUUUUUAUAUUAUUAUAAAUUGAUCAUUAAUUAUCAUUAUUGUUUGCAGUGGUUAGCAACUUUGGUUUGCAUCAGUAAUGAAGUUAGAAAAGGCAGAUACGUUUGAGGUUAUCUUUCACACCGAAAUCUACGUUCACAGGCAUGAAAUAUCAAAUAUGGAUAUUUGUUAUUGUUAUUACUUCAUGAAAAUAAAUGGUAUAUCUAUG